AUGAAAGGAGCAGGUAAUAUUUUUAAUGAGUACGCAAUGCAUGAGUUUGUUCCGGAAGCCAUUUCAAAAAAUUCUUCUGUUACUUCAUACAAUGAGUUCCUAGGAUUUCAGUUAAGAAAUGCAGUUGUUACUCAUUAUACUGCUACUCAAAUUGGUAUUAUGGAAGGCCACAAGGAUUACCUUAAAAUUAAAACGCAAGACAGAUGUGAAUUUAGUGAGGAAUGUGUGGACAAGUUUGAAGCUAUCACAGAUGGGUCAGAAGGGGUCAACAUCCCACACAUCAAGACUAACGUUAGGUUGGAGACCAAAAAAGUACGCUUAAAUGUAACAGAGCCAAGUUAG